AUGGGAAAAUCCCGACCAAAAUGUUCCAUCGCAGGCCAAUGUCGUAAUUUGGAGUUCAGUCCUGAAAGAGCUUUCGAAGGGAAACGUCUCAUGAACCACACGAUUCGCAUCGUAGAGGUAACGGUUGCCAGGUUUUGUGAGAAUGUGUGUUACAUGGAGCCCGACUGUGUCAGCAUUAAUCUUGAUAAACGAGCGAAUGGAAGUGGAGGAUACAAAUGUGAACUAAAUAACGUUACUCACGAAGGACACGAACACCAUUUGACAGACCACAAAGAUUUUUUUUACCAUGCAGCUGAGAGCUACUGUGUCAAAAAUCCUUGCAAGAAUAACGCUAGAUGUCAAAGCGGAUUCACAGACGAAGGCUAUCGCUGUCUUUGUAUGGCUGGAUUCAGUGGUCCAAGGUGCAGUGAAGACACAGAUGAAUGUGUCACAGGUUUACACAAUUGCAGUCCUAAUGCCUAUUGCAACAACACCAACGGGUCUUACAACUGUACAUGUAAACCUGGAUUUACAGGAAAUGGACAAGAAUGCAAAAGAGUUACUUCUUGUAAUGAAAUCUACAACAACAUCAAAGGGGCCAACAUGAGCAUUGUGGUUACCCUUUUUGUUGACUCCCAACCAGUCCCUGUUCUUUGCCACAUGGGAGAUUUUGGAUGUGGAAAUGGAGGAUGGACGCCGGUUAUGAAGAUUGACGGCAGAAAUAUAACCUUUCAUUACAAUAAGCGUUACUGGAGUGAUUAUAAUGAAUUCAACCCUACUGGGGGACAAACUGGUUUUGACGAGCAGGAAACAAAGCUACCUACAUACUGGAAUACAUCCUUCUCCAAGAUCUGUCUCGGCAUGAAGAUCGACCAACAGCUCAAGUUCAUUGUUAUCGACAAGCACGCCGACUCUCUGUUCGCACUGAUCGCUGACGGAAAAUAUCGCAGCACAUCACUGGGUCGCGACAUGUGGAUAUCGCUGAUUGGUUCAGACGCUUCUUUGCAACAGAACUGCAAUAAGGAAGGUUUCAAUGCAGAUUUUAGUUGGAGAAAAGGCGGUGCAAAGGCCAGAAUUGGCAUUGUUGGCAACAACCGCAACAAUUGUUCCGCAUACACUUCAAGGAUAGGAUUUGGCACCGGAGGGUGGCCUUAUUACUCGAUCUCGUGCGGCAACACAGCAAGUUCCUCAAGAGGUAACGGAAAAAAGGGCAUUAAAGCCAUGGGAUACAUCUUGGUGCAUUAA